CUUGUACCAGUUGAAAGUUUAAAAAUUAAUUUUUCGGAAAUUUUUAGAUAUUUUAAAAAAAAAAAAUUAAGUGAAAAUUAUUUUUGGAAUCCAAAAUAAUUAAAAGAAUUUAGUAUUCGUUUUUUCCAAAUUUUUUCUAUCUGUCUCUCUCUCUAUUGUUUUUUUUGGUUGUUCACAUAAAAAAUACCUAAUGGAAACUAUUACAAAUUAAUAUACAAAUCGAAUAAAAACUGACGAAAAAAAAAAAAUAAAAUCAAAACAAAAGAGAGAAGAAAUCAGUAGAAAGUUAGUGAUCAGAUUGAUCAGUUCAAAUUCGGAUAAGUUGGAGUUGACGAAUAAAAUCAGAAGAAAAAAUUGAAGAAAAUCAUCAAUAAAAAAAAAAAAAUUAAAAAAAUUUGGUUUAAUUAAAAUAGUUUAUAAUAUUAGAGGAAAUCUAAAAGAGAAAGGAAUUUCAAGGAAUACAACAACAAAAAAAAAAAAAUGGGAUUAUUAACUUUUCUAUUAUACACACUAUUAAUACUUAUGAUAUUAGGAUUCUAUUUCUUUAGAUCAUCUAAAGAAUUUCCAAAAACAUGGUAUGAAUGGAAAACAGAAUUUCGAUUUCAAUAUAUGGGUAUCUUAGGACUUAUUCAAGAUAUUUCAUUAAAUAAAAAAAAUAAUGUUGCAAUAUUACAACAAACUGAUCGUAUUGCAAUUGUAACUGGCGGUAAUCGUGGCAUUGGACUUCGAAUUAUUGAAAAACUUUUAGAAUGUGAAAUGACUGUUAUAAUGGCUUGCCGUGAUCCAGAAGGAGGUAGAAAAAAUAUAUUGGAAGCUGUUGAUUUUUCCACAAUUCGUGGUAAAUUAAUUUGUGAGAAACUUGAUGUUGCCAGUUUAAGUUCUGUUAAAGAAUUUGCAAAGAAAAUUCAAGAUAAUUAUGAAAAAAUUGAUUUGUUAAUUAAUAAUGCUGGAAUAAUGUGUGCUCCAUACAAAUUAACUGAAGAUGGUUAUGAAUCACAUUUUGCUGUAAAUUUCUUAGGUCAUUUUCUUUUAACACAUUUAUUAUUGCCAAAAUUAAAAGCAGCUGGUAAAAAAGGAUUAAAUGCUCGUAUUGUUAAUGUUUCAUCAAUUGUUAAUAUGGUUGGGAAAAUUAAUUAUGAUGAUAUAAAUUUAACAAAAAAAUAUUAUCCCCCAACCGCUUAUAAUCAAAGUAAAUUAGCUCAAGUAUUGACAACAAAAUAUAUAAAUCAUCUAAUGGAAAAAGAAGAAGCGCCUGUUCAAGUACAUGCUGUUCAUCCAGGACUUGUUGAUACUGAUUUGUUUAAAUAUACAAGUACAACAUCAGUUCCAACAUUUAAAAAAUUACUUUUUAAGACUCCCGAGGAGGGAUCAAGAACUGUAGUAUAUGCAGCAAUUGGACGUAAAUUAGAAGGAAAAGGUGGUACAUAUUUAACAAAUUGUGUACAUGCUAGAUGUCAUCCUGAUGCUAAGAAACCAGAAAAAUGUGAAAAAUUUUUUAAAUUUAGCUGCGAUUUACUCGGUAUUAAAGAAUUUGGCAAUGGUGUUGUGUAACAUUUGAUAUUUUAGUUUAAUAAUCCAAUCAAUUGAAGAUUUUUUUUUACAUGCUAUCAUCAUUUUUUAAAGGGGUAUUAAAAAAAAAACAUCACAUUUUAUAAUUUUUUUUUUUCUUUUUGAAAAUUUUAUACAUUUUUGUAUUUAUUAAGUUUAGAAGUUGUUUAAAAAAUACUUUGUAUUUUUGUAGAAAAAACUUUUCCCAUAUUACUUUUAGAUCAUUAUACAACAAGGCAAAUGUAAAUUUAAUAU